UUAGUACUAAAUCGCCAAUCUAUCCUCUUAACUCGUUGAUAAAAGCUAACGUUAAGUCAAUAAAUACCUACUUCAUAAAUGCCUGGCUGAGGUAGUAUUGCGUAGCAAGAUAUAUCUACAAACAUGGGGACACUGAGGGCCACAAUACUUGUAAUUACAGCACUCAUAACAGUCAAUGAGGGACUUUCUCUGCAAAAUAGAAUAAUCGGAGGAACGAACGCACCUGAUAAUCAAUAUCCGUACAUGGUAUCUAUAAGUUACCUUGGAGAACAUAAUUGUGGCGGUUCAGUCGUAGAUCAUGAAUGGAUAGUUACUGCUGCUCAUUGUGUGGAUGGAUUUCCUCUAAACGACCUAACCAUAUACAUUGGUUCUACUAAAUUAAGCAAGGGUGGUUCAAAACACGCUAUAAUUGAAGCACAUAUUCACGAACAAUACGAUUCAAGAACGAUAAAAAAUGAUGUAGCUAUUCUGAAAAUAGCUCCCAUUUCUUAUUCCACUGCAGUAAAUUUUAUCAAACUCGGUGAUGAUUCCGUUGGUGGUGGUCAAGAUUGUACAUUGACAGGAUGGGGUUUCACAAGUUUUAAUGUCAUUGGUGACACCAUUCCGGACGAUUUGCAACAAAUUUCGCUAAAAACAAUCACUGUAGAAGAAUGCCAAGGUUACAAGUUGAGUGUUGGUAUGAAUCAACUGUGUACAUUCACCAAAGCGGGUGAAGGUUUUUGUGUUCAUGACUCUGGCGGUCCAUUAGUAAUGAACAUUGGAGGGGAAAGAAAGCAAAUAGGAAUCGUGUCAUGGGGUAUGCAUUGUGCACGUGGAUAUCCAGAUGUGUACUCUCGAGUGUCAUCGUAUAUUGAGUGGUUCCAUCGCAAAUGUAAUUGCCUUAACAGAUCUGAUUAAAUUAUGAGUGGCACCUUUGUACUAUACCGGUUUGUGAAUAAACCAUGAUGGUAGACCCUCGAA